GAGACGCUGAGGUCUUAGGGUCUUGGCGGAACAGUAGCAGCUGGGCGGGCAAAGUUGCCAACGAUGACGGCACCACCCGUGAAUCCGUUCAUGCCCCCCACAGCUGCAGCGGCGGCGGCUGCAGUAGAGGCCAAGAAGGUGGACUAUCUCAACCUGCCCCAGCCCGUGCGAUACGAGGAGCUGCAGCGGGAAGUGAUGAUGUCGCUCAAGCCGGACUUGUUUGAAGGCCUGCGCUUUGACCUGACCAAGCCGCUCAACCACAACUUUGCCCUGAGCCACUCCAUCUUUAUGGGAAACAUCGACGUACCCACCGCCAACAACCAGGCCGUCAAGAUGCCCAUCGGCACCUAUGAAUUUGGCGCCAACCUAGUGACCAACCGCGGCAACCUGAUGCUGGGGCGCAUCACGAGCGACGGGCGGCUGACGGGGCGCGUCAAGUAUGAUGUGGCUGACUUUGCUGCGCUCAAGUCCCAGUUCCAGGUGGCCAGUGAGAAGGGCAUGAGCCAGGCCAUGUUUGACGUCGACCUCAAGGGCGCCGACUGGAACGGGCAGCUCAAGUGGGGCACCUCCAACUUUUAUGGAGCCAACUACUUUCAGUCGGUCACCCCGCAGCUGUCGCUGGGCGGCGAAGUGUUCUACCUGGCAGAGCAGCGGCGCAGCGGCAUCGGCUUGGCGGCGCGGCACGCGGGCGACAAGCACGUCGCCACCGCGCAGGUGGCCAACACGGGGCUGGUCUCCCUCACCUACAUUCAGAAGAUCAGCGAGAAGGUGUCCCUAGCCAGCGACUUCAUGUGGAACCUGAACAGCAGGGAGGCCAACGCCUCCUUUGGCUACGACUACGUGCUGCGGCAGUGCCGCCUGCGCGGCCGCAUCGACACGGACGGCAAGAUUGCGGCCUUCCUGGAGGAGCGGCUGAACGUGGGCGUCAACUUUGUGCUGUCGGCGGAAGUGGACCACCCUCGAAAGGACGCGAAAUUCGGGUUUGGCCUGACCGUGGGAGAGUAG